AGGAUGUCUGGCCGUGGCAAAGGAGGAAAAGGCUUAGGGAAGGGAGGCGCUAAGAGGCACCGUAAGGUCCUUCGCGACAACAUUCAGGGCAUCACGAAGCCCGCCAUUCGCCGCUUGGCUCGCCGUGGGGGAGUGAAGCGUAUCUCCGGGCUCAUCUAUGAAGAGACUCGAGGCGUCUUAAAGGUCUUCUUGGAGAACGUUAUCCGGGAUGCGGUUACCUACACCGAACAUGCCAAGAGAAAGACGGUGACUGCCAUGGAUGUCGUUUAUGCUUUGAAACGCCAAGGCCGCACCUUGUAUGGUUUUGGUGGUUAG